GAGAGCGCACAGUCUGCAUUUGGCCUUGGCUGCCGUCUUCGAGGGUGUCCUGUGCAAGGCAGUGAUUAAAUCCCAGAGCCUUAUCUGUCCGCAGAGUGGGCGAAGGACGCCUGCAGGUGUAGGAGGCAGGAGCUCUGUCACCAAAGUAAAGAGAGAGGGAGCUGCGGAGGAGAAGCGCUAGCGGCCGGCCUGGUCAGCGCCGGACUCCUCCAGGCCAUGAUCUCUGAGUGAUCCCCAGGUGAGAGUAGCGGCCCCGCCCCGGGAUUCCGCGCCGCAGCGUCGGAUCCGUGUGGGUUGAGAAAGAAAGGAUGCUGCGACCGCUGCUCCCAGGUAGCACCCCGAGCGGCCGCAGUUACAGCCGCAGGAAGCAAAGCCUGGGCCGGGAAGACGGCUUGGGCUGUUGGUGAAGUCGCCCGCCAGCGCUUUCGCCGUACCCCGCGAGUUGGGGAAACCAGAGAACGGGGUUCCCCAUUAUAGUCUUCUCCGAGCUCCUUUUCUUAGGUACUAGGAGCUGAUUUAUGAGGAAACAUGCCUUGCACGUGUACUUGGAGGAACUGGAGACAGUGGAUUCGACCUUUAGCUGUGGUCAUCUACCUGGUUUCCCUAGUCGUUGCGGUCCCCCUGUGCGUGUGGGAAUUACAGAAACUGGAGGUUGGAAUACAUACUAAGGCGUGGUUCAUUGCCGGAAUCUUUUUGCUGCUGACGAUCCCUAUCUCGCUGUGGGGAAUCCUGCAGCAUCUCGUGCAUUACACGCAGCCUGAACUGCAGAAGCCAAUCAUAAGAGUUCUUUGGAUGGUGCCCAUAUACAGCUUAGAUAGCUGGGUAGCUUUGAAAUAUCCCAGGAUUGCAAUAUAUGUGGAUACCUGCAGAGAAUGCUAUGAAGCUUAUGUCAUUUACAACUUUAUGAUAUUCCUUACCAAUUAUCUAACUAAUCGAUAUCCAAAUCUGGUAUUAAUCCUUGAAGCCAAAGAUCCGCAGAAACAUUUCCCUCCUUUAUGUUGCUGUCCACCAUGGGCUAUGGGAGAGGUGCUGCUGUUCAGGUGCAAGCUGGGUGUGCUGCAGUACACAGUCGUCAGACCAGUCACCACCAUCGUGGCUUUAAUCUGUGAGCUGCUCGGGAUAUAUGAUGAAGGAAAUUUUAGCUUCUCAAAUGCUUGGACUUACCUGGUUAUAAUAAAUAAUAUGUCGCAGUUGUUCGCCAUGUAUUGCCUUGUGUUAUUUUACAAAGUACUCAAGGAAGAACUGAGUCCAAUCCACCCUGUUGGCAAAUUUCUCUGUGUAAAACUGGUGGUUUUUGUUUCUUUUUGGCAGGCAGCAGUCAUUGCGUUGCUGGUAAAAGUCGGCGUUAUUUCAGAGAAGCACACAUGGGAGUGGCAGACAGUGGAAGAGGUGGCCACGGGACUCCAGGACUUUAUUAUCUGUAUUGAGAUGUUCCUGGCCGCGAUUGCUCAUCACUACACGUUUUCAUACAAACCGUAUGUCCAAGAAGCAGAAGAGGGCUCAUGCUUUGAUUCUUUUCUUGCCAUGUGGGAUGUUUCGGAUAUUGCAGAUGAUAUUUCUGAACAAGUAAGGAAUGUUGGACGGACAGUCAGGGGACAUGCUAGGAAGAAAUUUUUUCCAGAGGAUCAAGAUCAAAAUGAACAUACAAGCUUACUGUCAUCGUCAUCACAAGAUGCAAUUUCCAUUGCUUCUUCUAUGCCACCUUCUCCCAUGGGUUACUACCAAGGAUUUGGACACACGGUGACUCCUCAGACUACACAUACCAUAGCUAAUAUACCUGGUGAAAUACUUAACACUACAGAAGAGAAAAAAGAUGCUUCAGAUAAGUCUGUGGACUCCUGAACAAUGUGCAGGAGCAAACUGCUCUAUCCAUGUUAUUUCAUCGCCUGGAAUCCCCUGGGGAUCAGGAUAUUGUGCUUGGGACAAGCUGUAAUGAUGGAAAAUUUCAAAAGAAAGACAGGUAAAAAGCCCGGUACAACUAAUAGAUUUUGUAUGCAUAAGUAAUCAGUCCAGAUUUCCUAGACUUAGGCUCGAUUCCAUAAUGUUAGAGUGAUGCACACUGAAAUGGUAGAAAAUAAAUCCAACUAAAAUGCUUCUGCUAUUACAUUUCUUUAUCAAGAGGAUGGACAUAAAAAAAUGCUUCCUACCACAGCUGCAUGACGAUAAUGCUCCGGACAGAAAGCAUAAUCCAGAUACAUGAGCUAGUGGAACUCAAUCAUGUGCCAUAUGAGCUUACCUAACAUUUCUCUCUUUCUUAACUGGAUCCUGGAUGUCUUUCAAUAAAUAAGAGUUUUAUCAUUAUUUUCUGCAACUCUGUCAUUUAAACAUACAACAAAGCUCUAACAAAAAAAAUGAGUACUAUUAGAAGUGGCAUGAAAUACAAUCUGGGCUGCAAUAUCUUAAUCAUUAAAACAGUAAUCAGAAGAAGUAUAGUUAUUUGAGAGGAAACAGGAUUUUUCUAAAUUGCAAAUCACAAGCCUUAGGAUCAUGUUUCCCAUUUUAUUAUAAAAAUAAAGUGACAUAGUAUGUUGAAAAUAGCACAGAUGAGUUGUUUCUCAGAAUUUCUGCUUUAUUUGUGCACACCUACGUUCAUUUCAUGUAUAUCUAUA